AACUACCUUCUUCCGUCCUCCCUCGUUUUAGAUAACGCCAGCUCAUCGUUCUUAGGGUUUCUGUUUCCAUUUUCCCUAAUAUCAUUCCAGAAGAGAGAGCGAGAAAUUAAAAGAGCUAAAACGGAGGGGGAAGUCGAGAGGGUUAGAAUGAGGGACACCAAUACGGAUCUGUUCGACCCGAGGACGGAAAUGGAUUCCGAUUAUUCGAGGCGAGGUUCCGGCUCCGAUGGCGAUUUCGGCUUUGCUUUCAACGAUAGUAACUUCUCAGAUAGGCUUUUGCGGAUCGAGAUCAUGGGCGGCUCCUCGGACAGCAGGUCCGAUGGUGAGGGUUGCACGAGUAUAGCCGAUUGGGCCAGGCAUCGCAAGAGGAGAAGAGAAGAUAUCAAGAAGGAUAACGUUCUGGAUCUCACUUGGUGUCCUGAGGAGCAGAUUUUAAAUGGUAACCAACCAGACAUGGAUGAUUUUGCUGGCGGUGAAAAUCAAGAUGAGGAAGCAGUGGCAAUGAUUGAAGAGUCACCUUCAGGUGAUGAAGCUGCAAAUAGCAAUGAAUCUAACUGGAGCAUGGAUUGUUCUACUGUUCAGAGAGUCAAAACAUUACACAUCAGUUCUCCUAUUUUGGCUGCAAAAAGUCCAUUUUUCUAUAAACUCUUCUCAAAUGGAAUGAAGGAGUCCGAGCAACGACAUGUAACCCUUAGAAUCAAUGCCUCUGAGGAAGCUGCUCUGAUGGAGCUUCUGAAUUUUAUGUAUAGCAAUACCUUGUCCGUCACAACAGCUCCUGCUUUGCUUGAUGUGCUGAUGGCUGCUGACAAAUUUGAGGUUGCUUCAUGCAUGAGACAUUGCAGUCGGCUUCUACGGAAUAUGGACAUGACACCUGAGUCUGCACUGCUUUAUCUAGAUCUUCCCUCAAGUGUCUUAAUGGCUGAAGCCGUCCAGCCAUUGACAGAUGCUGCAAAGCAGUUUCUUGCAUCCCGGUAUAAAGACAUGAGCAAGUUUCAAGAAGAGGUAAUGGCCUUGCCACUAGCUGGAAUUGAGGCGAUAUUGUCCAGUGAUGAUCUCCAAAUAGCAUCAGAGGAUGCUGUAUACGACUUUGUGGUAAAGUGGUCUAGGGCCCAGUAUCCAAGACUAGAGGAUCGGCGGGAGGUCUUGGGUUCACGCCUUGCACGGUUUAUUCGCUUCCCUUAUAUGACCUGUCGGAAGCUAAAGAAGGUUUUAACCUGUAAUGAUUUCGAUCAUGAAGUAGCAUCCAAGCUGGUACUGGAGGCUCUUUUUUUCAAGGCUGAGGCCCCACACCGUCAACGGAGUCUAGCUGCAGAAGAGUCAGCCUCAUUGAACCGUCGUUUUGUGGAGCGAGCUUACAAGUAUCGGCCCGUUAAAGUGGUCGAAUUUGAAGUUCCCCGGCCACAGUGUGUCGUCUACCUGGAUUUGAAGCGGGAGGAGUGUGCAAACUUAUUCCCCUCCGGAAGAGUAUACUCCCAGGCAUUCCACUUGGGCGGACAAGGGUUUUUCUUGUCAGCACACUGCAACAUGGAUCAACAGAGCUCAUUUCAUUGUUUUGGAUUGUUCCUGGGGAUGCAGGAGAAAGGAUCAGUGAGUUUUGCUGUGGACUAUGAAUUUGCAGCGAGAUCAAAGCCGACUGAGGAGUUUGUUAGCAAAUACAAAGGUAACUACACAUUCACCGGGGGCAAGGCAGUUGGCUAUCGAAACUUAUUUGCCAUACCAUGGACUUCUUUCAUGGCAGAUGACUGUCUUUACUUCAUAAAUGGUAUCCUUCAUCUCAGAGCUGAGCUCACCAUCAGGCACUAACUAUUUCUAUGCCGGGAGCUUUUUAUGGCCCCUUUAGAAACACUAACCUUCUUUCCUUUUUCAAAAAAUGAAAAAAUGCGUAUUGACAUGAACCAACUCAGUUUCUGAGUACCCAGGAACCGUGCACAGAAUGGUUUGAUUUAGAGGUUAAAUGAACGGGGAUAUUCUCAACAGUUGCCAUGGUUCUUGGGGGAAUGAAUGGGUGGAAAUGUAAAUGGGGUUGGAUAAUGAUUUUACCUGUGACUGUUUUAGUUUAAGAAUGCAGUUUUAAGAACCUUAUAUAUUUGUUGAUGUCUUGA